AUGCCCAAUGACACCUGGGGCCUGCUAUUGCCCCAACCGUCCAUGCUUGAACUUGUAUUCAUGCUCUUCUUUCUCUUUUCUGUAGAGCUUGGUCUCCCAAGGAGAGGAUGCUGUCUGGUCUUUGGGUUCAUGUACAAGGAGAAGUAUCGGCGAAUGACUGAAGGCCCAGCAUCUUCCUUCACCCAGCAGCCUCAGGACCAGGUAGUGAUCGCCGGGCAGCCCGUGACCCUGUUGUGUGCAAUUCCGGAAUAUAACGGCAUCGUGCUGUGGAUUAAAGAUGGGCUUGCUCUCGGAGUUGGCCGGGAUCUCUCUAGUUACCCACGCUACUUGGUUGUGGGGGACCAUUUAUCUGGGGAGCAUCACCUGAAGAUAUUGAGAGCUGACCUUCAAGAUGAUGCUGUGUAUGAGUGCCAGGCCAUUCAAGCGGCCAUCCGGUCCAGACCAGCCAGACUGACCGUUCUUGUGCCUCCAGAUGAUCCAGUAAUUAUCGGGGGGCCCAUCAUUAGCCUAAGAGCUGGAGAUCCCCUGAAUCUAACCUGCCAUGCUGAUAACGCCAAACCAGCGGCGUCCAUCAUUUGGAUGCGGAGAGGAGAAGUAAUCAAUGGAGCAACCUACUCAAAGACGAUACUCCGCGAUGGCAAGAGAGAGAGCAUCAUGAGCACGCUGUUUGUCUCCCCGUCGGACAUUGAGAACGGCCAGACGAUCGUCUGCAGGGCCACCAACAAGGCCAUUCCCAGUGGGAAGGAGACCUCCGUCACCAUUGACAUUCAACAUCCACCUCAUGUCAAUCUGUCGGUGGAACCUCAGCCUGUCCUGGAGGACAACACCGUGAAGUUUCACUGCUCAGCCAAAGCCAACCCAGCCGUCACCCAAUACAGGUGGGCCAAAAAGGGCCAUAUUAUCAAAGAAGCAUCAGGUGACUCUUAUGAAGCCAUUGUUGACUACACCUACUUUUUUGAACCCAUCUCCUGUGAGGUGACAAAUGCUUUGGGAAGUACCAACAUCAGCAGGACAGUAGAUGUCUACUUUGGGCCACGGAUGAUGUCAGAGCCACAGUCUCUCCUUGUCGACCUCGGAUCAGACGCCGUAUUUAACUGUGCCUGGAUCGGAAAUCCAUCCCUGACCAUCGUUUGGAUGAAGCGGGGCUCGGGUGUGGUCCUGAGCAAUGAGAACACGUUAACCCUGAAAAAUGUCCGGCAAGAGGAUGCUGGGAAAUAUGUGUGCCGAGCAGUCGUGCCCCGUGUGGGUGCUGGAGAACGGGAAGUGUCCCUGACUGUCAACGGUAUCUAA